AUGGCCCUGUCCGAGGAUACCAUAACGUUGCUUGAAAGAGCCAUUUACAAGGUUACCUUAGAGACGAUUGGAAAUGCCCUGAAGAAUAAUACCAUAAAUGAGACUAACUACAAUAAUAUACUCUUACAGGAGACUUUAAUGAAGAUUAAAGAUGCCCUGGUCAGAGAUUCAUUUUAUAUGAUUCAAAAAGCCCUGAAGAAUAAUACCAUAAAUGAGACUAACAAUAAUAYCCAGGAAAAGAAUACCAUAAAUGACAUUAACAAUAAUGACAAUUACAAGAAUACCUUAAUAGAUAUUAAAAAUGCCCUGAUAAAUGAUGUCAUUAAGAUGGCUGACAAAUGUGACGAGAACGAGAUUUUCUUUUUUGUGAUUAACCAAACCAUUAACGAGGUUACCUUACUGAUGAUUAAAGAAAGCCUGCGCAAGGAUACCGUAAACAGAAUUAAUAGUGCCUUGGAAUAUGUUUCGGAUGAUAGUGCAGAGACGGAUAAACACAGCAUUUGCAUGAAAGAAAUGGCAUCACUCCAGUUAGUAUCUAAAGAUAGUACUAAUAAAUGGAUAAAUAGCGUCAGCUUUGAUGAAAAAAUGGCUGCCAUUAAUGAGACAAUAUUUGUUAAAUAUUUGGAAUGUUAUUCCCAGGACGGAUCAAAUUAUGAUGAAGAACAAAAAUGUGUACCAAAUGAUUUUUGUAUAAAUUACAGUGGAAUCACCGGAAACUAAGAAGAUUAAUUUUGUAUUACGUUAUAGGAUGAGGUAUAGGUAAAUAAUAUAUUUUAACUUAAUCUUUUGUGAUAGUGUGAUGCUUUAAUCAGGUUUGGUUUAGUUAAUGCUUUUUAUCUUUGUUCAUGACCAAAAUGUAUUCAGUCAACGUCAAGCAAAAAGUGGUUAUUAUUAUUCAUUUUGUAAUAUCAUUUAUACAGUUUAAAAUUUGAAAAUACAUAUUUUUUUAAUAAUACAUUUUAAUCAAGGUUGUUUACUAUAAUAUUAUAUUACAGCUAUGUUUGUUUUUAAAUAAAAAAAUUAAUAUGUUUGGUAUUUCCAAAUGGUUUGGUAGUUCUUUAUUUAUUUUAUAAAAGCCAGAAACAUUUAAUUGUAUAUAAGUAACCUCAAACUAUCAGAUCAAUGUGUUAAGAACCCUAAAUAUUACAUAUAUCUGUAUAAUAACACAGAAACAUGGCGGAACAUACAACACUCAUCUUGUUAAACUUCAGAUUACAAUGAAUGGAUUAAUUAAAAUAAUUUUACAAAGCCAAGCUUACAUUCUACUGUAAACUUGUUUAAUGAA